AUGUCUAAGAGCCGAGGUUUCUAUUACGUUUUAAUUCCCGCUGAUCCCGACUUAACUUUGAUGGAACAUUAUUUAAGCUACAGUGAUGAAACUGAAACUAGUUGUCUUACCGAUAGGUUAAAGAGUUAUUUUCAAAAUUGUAAAGGUCUACAUUCUUCUGUAAUACAAUCAGAAAUUCUUAGGUCACAACUUGAGGAAGGAUUAAAGAAAGAAAAUUGUCAUAGAGAGAUAGAUGAGAACAUGAUGAACCUGCUCCAUGAAAUGCAGGUAGUAGAUAUUAUAGCUUUAAAACCCAAUGCACCGGUUCACCAAUUUGUGGGCGUCAACAUGUAUGUCGACGACAAGGCUGUUUCGAAGGGUCUACCCGUCAACUCCAGGGCAACUUCGUUAGCGCAACUAUGCGGCUUGACCACUGAAGUUAGAGGAGAUGCCUUCGUUGCAAAGGUUUUUGAGAAUACAAAAGAAGAGUUCAAACGUUUAGACUUCAGAUUGUCAGAGUGCAGAUCGGAGGCGGCAUGGAUUUCUGAGGCUAAACUCUUUAAUACUAAGAAAGCUCAAGGGCUUGUUAGAGAUGGCGUCUUUAUAACACCACCCAUUCUGUGUGCCAACUUGGGUUGCUACGAGAAGGGAACAAAAACAUGCUCUGCUUGCUUAAAAACGAAAUACUGCUCUUUUCGGUGUCAGAAAGAAGAUUGGCAGCGCCAUAAGCUGGAUUGUAAAGAAAACAAAAAUUAA